AUGGCAGAAGCUGAUUUGUCCUCUGUCAUGCCAAUCGAUACUUCUCCAGCUAAUACACUGAAGGAUCAAGCUUUCACAACAACAUCGCUUGAGCAUCUGUUGAAACGAAAAGACAGUCGAAAAGAAUUCAUUAUCGUUGAAAAUAACCAAAAGAAGGCGAAGUCAGCAGCUUGGUCUAUGUUCGGAUUCCCAGCACGUUUGAUCGAAGAUGGUACAUAUAGUCGAAUUAUCGGUUUCACUAGCUGUUUCCAGUGUAAAUCCACAUACACGUUUCAAUCUGAUGGAAGCGGCAGUACAAAGCAUUUGUUACGCCAUAAUUGUCCGAAAGUAUCGUCAGCAUCAGAAACUUAUCAGGAAGAACCCAUAGAAAAAUUAAUGAAAUCGAAAAGUACAAGUUCGGUGACGUUGGCGAAGGAAGAUUUCACGAAAAUGCGAGAUGAACUGACCAAAUGGAUUUGCUCAUCAAUGCGCCCAUUCAAUAUCACGCACGAUCCAGGACUGAGAAAUGUCUUACAGACGGUGAUAGAGAUUGGUAAAAAAUACUCGGGAAAAAUCGACGGUGUAGAUCUUUUAGCUGCUCCCACGACAAUAUCUGCUAACAUCCAUCGACUGGCUGAAGAAUACCGCAUUCUCUUACGAUCAGUCUUGAUUGAACAAGCGUCCGCUGGCUGUUUGUGCAUCUGCCCUGAUCUGUGGAGCGACAAGCACAGAAAGAUCAACUAUCUUGGUUUAAUCGCGGUUUUUGUCAACAAAAAUCAUGAAUUAUUCUCUGUGGAUCUGUGUUGCUGCGAAUAUAAUGAGGCUGAUAAAACUGGUGAUAGUGUUCUGAAAGCUAUUCGUUGUCAAUUGGAUUUGUAUGGAUUAUUACCAUUCAUGGAUAAGAAGAAAAUAGUGUUUACGUGUGAUCGAGGUCCGAAUAUACUGAAGGCUCUGAAAGGGCAACCAGUGAUACUAUGCUUUGCACAUCGAAUCAACAACGUUUUGAAAAAGGGAUUUUAUCAGCAAGAAAGAAAGAGAGCAAUUCGAGCCGCAACGCCCUCGUCGAAAGACAAGAGGUCAAAAAUGGAUAUCCAGAGUUCAUCGAAAUCUUCCUCAUCGGAAGAUGAAACGAUUGCACCGUCUCCAUCAAAAUACGUCGCAGCCAACACAUCCGUGGUGGAAUUAUCACCCAAGGCUAGAGAAUUAUUGGAUAUCAUCACCACCUGUAAACAAUUAGUGAAAUACGUGAAAUUGACAGGUUUGAAUAAACCAAUUCAAGAUGCUGGUGGCGUUGCGUUGAAACAAGUCACGGUAGUUCGAUGGUUAUCCAUGUCAAACUUACUCGAAUCGAUUGAGUCGCCCAUUGACUAUCUCAGAUCAAUCCUGGCUAAAUCAACAAACAGUAGACAAUCGAUCAAGCUUAAUAAAAUAAAUGUUGAUGGACUGAAGGAUUUGAUUUGCCUUUUAUCGGUUUUCAGAGAUGUUUCCUUGUUAGUCCAAACCGGCAAUCGCCCGUCAUUGCACAUGGCGUACAUUGCUAUGAAUAAAUUGGAACAUCACUUGAAUGGGACAGACGUAGACAAAGAGGGUGAAUCAAUCACACUGAAUGAUCGACACGAAGGUGAAUACUUGCUAUUCUUUGAACCAUAUAAGAUCUUCAUCAUUUUUCCGAUUAUAGGCACAGAGUUUUUUCGGAAACGUCUGUUCCAACUUCUGAAAUCAAUGUUUUCUUUUGAUGAAAAACAUCUAGCUGCGGCAGUCCUUCAUCCAUUAUAUCGAAAAUUAACAUUUGCUUCGGCUCAGUGGAAAACUAUGGCGCAUUCAUUUAUUCGGCAACAAAUUGAUGAUAUACUUGGUGUCGAUUAUCAUGAUCAAACAUUUCUGUCCGAGCCAGCAAAGAAGAAGCACAAGUCGAUGGAAGAUCAGUUUGCUGACCCGGAUGACGUUAAUAUUGACAGUGAAAAUGACAUAAUCUCAGUGUCAGCAUCGAAGAAUGAUGAAUUAGACAAAUAUUUACGGAUGAGUAUCGAUGAUAUUUACAAGCAACCCAAUCCAUUGUCAUUUUGGAAGGACAAUGAGAGCAAGUUUCCAUGUUUAUCACUCAUCGCACGUCGCCUCUUCUCUAUUCCUGUUACAUCGGCAGCUGUCGAAAGAUCUUUCUCUGCUGCAGGCUUAGUAGUCACAAAACGUCGUUCUUCUCUUGAUCCUCGUACUUUGAACGAUAUUCUAUUCGUCAGAUCUAUCCAGAAUAUUCUGGAGCAACGACCAAACUUUUUUUCAUAA